CAAACGAUGUAGAGAUAAGAAUGUCAUUGACGAGACUCGGCAAACAAGGCUGACAAAGGUUCGGCCCGCUCCAUAUUUUCGAGUCGGCAAAAUCCCAGCCUUCUCCAUCCUUACUCCCAUCCAACCAUAAACCAUACAAUAUCGGUCCUGUGCAGAUGAUAGACAUCUCACUGACCUCACAAUGGGUAAAAAUAAACGCUUAAAAGUCAAUGGUGGACGACCCAAGAAACACAAACCCACAAAACUCACUCGUCCAUCCGGAAUCGCAAAAUCAAAACCACAAUCGCAAAAACACCCCAAUUCCUCAAACACAUCAAAACCAGCUCCCAAUUCCGCACCAAAACCCAAAUACCAAAUCAAACCAACCAUCCCCUUCUCCCCAUCCGACACCAUCCUCCUGAUCGGCGAAGGCGACCUCUCCUUCGCCAGCUCCCUAAUAACCCACCACGGCUGCACUUCCCUCACAGCAACAGUCCUCGAGAGUCCCACAGAACUAAAAGAAAAAUAUCCGCAUGUGGAAGAGAAUAUACGAAUUGUGGAGGAAGGAGGCGGGUGCGUGAGAUAUGGUGUCGAUGCGGGGAAGAUGAAGCCUUGGGUUGGGACUGGGGUGGAGGGAAAGGCGGGGAGAGGGAGUGGUAUGGAUAGGAUAUUCUUUAAUUUUCCGCAUGUGGGUGGGAAGAGUACGGAUGUUAAUAGGCAGGUGAGGUAUAAUCAAGAACUCCUCGUCUCCUUCUUCGCCCGCGCUCUCCCCUCGCUGUCACCCCGCCACGGCUCAUCUAUAAUCGUCACGCUCUUUGAAGGGGAGCCCUACACGCUCUGGAACAUCCGCGACCUGGCGCGACAUUCUGGACUGGAAGUUGCGCAGAGCUUUAAGUUCCAAGCGAGUGCGUAUCCGGGAUAUAAGCAUGCUAGGACGCUUGGGGUGGUGAAGGGGAAGGGUGGGAAGGAGGGAGGUGGGUGGAGGGGUGAAGAGAGGAGUGCGAGGAGUUAUGUUUUUGUGAGGAAGGGGGAGGGGGUUGUUAUGGGUCCCGGGAAGGGAAAGAAGAGCGGGAAGAGUAGUGAUGAGGAGGAGAGUGAGGCGGAGGAGGCGCAAGAUGGUGGAGAUGGAUUGGGGAGUACGGACGAGGGUAUGGAGGAUCUUGAGAGUGGAUCUGGUGGGGAGGAAGACUCGGCUGAAGAUUGA